AUGAACGAGAACUGCGAUGCGGGCAGCGAUAGCAAUAAUACUGAUUUACCUACAACAAUUGACACAGAAGAAACGUUCAGAGCUGAUGCAGUUGAGGAUUCAAAAGGUGUGCUGAGUCCUGAAUAUUUAAGUGCAGAUGAUUUACAAGUGAAUUUGGAUGAGGAAGUGGUAGACACAGAUAAUUUUCAAGUUACUGUUUCGCAAAAUGCACAGAAUUGUGGACCUCAAGCGGCAGUUAUUAUAACAGAUGCCUCGGUUGAUAUUGCUAACUGGGAACAGAGUUCACAAACGGGAAGUCGUCAAAUGACACCAGUGCAGGAGCAUGCUAUGGAUGACAACAUUAUAGGCGAGAAAGUUUUUGAUGGUCUACAGGAACCCAAAUCUGCAUGUGUUUCACCAGCCAGCUCAAAUGGUGGGGUUUAUAGUAGCGAACUAUUGGAACAAUUUGGUUUAAAUUUGCAUCGCAUUGAAAAAGAUGUUCAGAGGUGUGAUCGAAAUUAUUGGUACUUUGCAAAUGAGAAUUUGGAUAAGCUUCGUAAUGUUAUUUCAACUUAUGUCUGGGAACAUCUGGAAGUUGGUUAUAUGCAGGGCAUGUGCGAUUUGGUAGCACCACUUUUAGUAAUUUUCGACGACGAAUCUUUAAGUUACAGUUGCUUUUGUAAAUUAAUGGAACGCAUGAUUGAAAAUUUUCCAAAUGGUGGAGCUAUGGAUAUGCAUUUUGCAAAUAUGAGAUCUCUAAUACAAAUUUUGGACUCCGAAAUGUACGAUUUAAUGGAUUCUAAUGGCGAUUAUACACAUUUCUACUUUUGUUAUCGUUGGUUUUUGUUGGAUUUUAAAAGAGAAUUGAUUUACGAAGAUGUAUUUUCGACAUGGGAAGUGAUUUGGGCAGCAAGACAUGUAGCCUCAAGUCAUUUUGUACUAUUCCUGGCAUUGGCUUUACUAGAAACUUAUCGCGAUAUUAUAUUAUCGAAUAGUAUGGAUUUUACGGAUGUUAUCAAGUUUUUUAAUGAAAUGGCGGAACGUCAUAAUGCAACAGCAGUAUUACAACUGGCACGCAGCUUGGUUCUUCAAUUACAAAUGAUAAUUGAAAAUAAGUAGAAAAAAUAUAAUACAAAUCAUA